CACAAUUGGAACCAGUCUGUUUCUUCUUCUUUCUUUUCAAUAUAUAUUUUUUCCUUUUCCUUCUUUUUCUUCUUUUUUUUUUUUUGGUGGGUGGGAGAAUACAGGCACCUUUUACAGAGAAAAGUUACAACCAGCAGAGUCACUGCUCCAGGAUGUUUUGGAACUUUCAAACACUUUAUUUCAUUGCAUUGUUUUCUUCUGUAUGUAGUGAAUGUAUGUCUGAGAUGUACAGAAACACCUAUAUUGAAGGAGGAGACAUAUCUAGGGUUUAUACUCCAACUGCAGAUUAUUGUCAGCUGGUAUGCACUUAUCACCCAAGAUGUCUUUUGUUCUCCUACAUACCUGGAAGCUGGGUAAAAACCACUGCAAGGUUUUCUUGCUUCCUGAAAGAAAUUGAUGCUCAAGAAUUGCCAAAGAUUCAUAGAGAAGGAAUAAUCUCUGGUCAUUCUCAGAAGCAAUGCACUCGAAUUACUGCUUGCAGCAAAAAAGUCUAUGAAGGACUGGAUAUGCAAGGCGAAAAUUACAAUAUAAUUUCUGCUGACAAUUAUCAUCACUGCCAACAGAGAUGCACCAAUGAUAAGCAUUGUUACUUUUUUACAUAUACCUUAGAAUCAUUUCACAGUGUACCCCUACGUAAUAAAUGCUACUUGAAAUAUAGCAGGACAGGAACCCCAAAUCAAAUAAGGCAGCUUAGGGAUGUUGUCUCUGGAUUUUCAUUAAAACCAUGCCAACUUGCCCAAACAGAUUGUCAGAUGGACCUUUUUCAACACAUUGCAUUUUCUGGAAUUACUGUUGCAAAGAUUUUGACCCCUGACAAAUUUGUAUGCAGAACAGUUUGUACUUACCGUCCAAACUGCUUAUUCUUUACAUUUCUCAGCAGAGAAUGGGAAGUAAAAAGUCAAAGAUAUACCUGUCUGAUGAUGACUUCAAGAAGUGAAAAACCAGAGAAAAUUACAGAAAGAGCAAAUGUUAUAUCAGGAUUCAGUCUCCUGAACUGCCGAAGAGUCGAACCUGCAUGCCAUUCCCGGACCUACCCCGAAUUAAACUUCUAUGGGACAGAAUUGAGUGUGGAAUAUGUCAGUGGGCACAAUGCUUGCCAACAACUUUGUACAAUGACUGUCCGCUGUCAAUUUUUUACUUACAUUUUCCGUAAAAUGCAGUGCAACCAACAAGGCAAAUGUAAAUGCUACUUAAGAAUAUCGGCCAAUGGAUCUCCAGAUAAUAUUGAGGCUGAGAAUGAAAUAGUUUCAGGCUAUUCUUUAAGAUUGUGCCAAACUAGCAAAAGCCCUGUCUGUGUGCAGAAACUAGAGAAACAGUCAAGGGUUGUUGGAGGAUCAAACUCUUCUGCUGGCGAAUGGCCUUGGCAAGUCAGUUUACAUACAGUGCUCCCUGUUCAGAGUCAUCAGUGUGGUGGUUCAAUCAUCAGUGACCAAUGGAUUUUGACAGCUGCUCAUUGCUUCAAAAACUUUCAUUUAACUGAACUUUGGCAGAUUUACAGCAGCAUUUUGAAACAGUCUGAAAUAACAAAUGAAACUACUUUCUUCAAAGUCCAAAAGUUGAUUGUUCAUCCUAGAUAUGAAUUUGCAGAGACAGGAUAUGACAUUGCUUUACUAAAGCUUGACAGACCUAUGAAUUUCAGUGCUUUACAGCAGCCGAUAUGCCUUCCCUCCCAGGAAGAAAUGAAUAUGACAUACACCGAAUGCUGGGUGACUGGAUGGGGUUACACAGAAGAGAGAGGCUCAAUCAAAGACAUGCUACAAAAAGUCAAAAUUCCCUUAAUACCAAAUGCAGAAUGUCAGUCUCAAUACCUAGAGCACACAAUAAUUGACAAAAUGUUGUGUGCUGGCUACUCAGGAGGAGGCAAGGAUGCUUGCCAGGGAGACUCAGGUGGCCCCUUGUCGUGUAAAUUUGAGAACAGUUGGUAUGUGGUUGGCAUCACCAGUUGGGGUGAAGGAUGCGCUCGUCCAGGACAACCAGGUGUUUACACCAAUGUGGUUAAGUUUGUAGACUGGAUUCUGGAACAAACUUUAGAAGAUUAAAACAGAAAAUAAAUUAAUCCUACAUGCUA